AUGUCAUACUAUACGCUUGGCGUUGAUCAGCCGCCUAUACAGUCCGAUGAAUACUCGAAACAUCUGUCGACCCAUGGCUUCCAUCCAUUGGUCUCCACAUCCAUGACAGCUUUGGGCAUCGCUGGAAUAGCAAAUCUGUACAUGGACCCUCGCCUAAAGCGUGAAGCCACUCGCUGGUAUUUGGAUGCCAUCAAGAUGACAAACGCCGCCAUAUCGUCCCCUACAGCUGUCACAGCCGAUAGCACCCUCGCAUCCAUUAAUCUGUUGGGCAUGGUUGAAGCGACUUCGAAUGAGAAUAGUUUGCAAGGGUGGAGCAAUCAUGUCGAAGGUGCUGCCUCUCUCAUCAAGAUGCGAGGCAUGGACCAGUUUUCAACCCCAGCUGGGCAGCGCAUGUACCUCCAUACUGUUGGCCUUCUUACCAUGAACUGCAUGGGAAAGGGCAUGCCCCUUCCCAAAUUUGUUCACGACCUCAAUACUGAAGUCAUAAAGCACUUGGACACCAAUGACCCUAGAAACCGCUUCUUCUUUCUCCACAUCAAAACCAUUGACCUUCGAGCACGCAUAUUGAACCAGCAAACCCACUCACUACCCGAAAUCAUAGAGUCAGCGCUUGAGCUCGAUAACAUUGCAGCCAAUAUCUUCAAAGACUCAGGACCAGAAUGGGACUACGAUAUUGUCCUAUGCGAGAAGCGACCCGAGAUCUUCGACCACUUCUACCAUGUCUACUACACGGCGAUAGCUGCUCAGACAUGGAACUGGGUGCGCUACAACAGAAUAUACUUUCAUGACAUUAUCCGAAAUUGUAUACUAGCCGGCUUCGCGUCUACACCACCAGCCCUCGUCGGAUCAAAGUACCACGAACAACUAGAAACAAGCGUCCGUACCUUGUACAGUUUACAAUCAGAUAUUCUAGCUGGUAUGCCGCAAUUCCUCCAUGACGUACCUAGCGAAGUACCAAGCGAAGUGUCAGAUGACACCAGCAACAAGUCAACACCAACGUCUGUCGGCGAUGAACUCAGCGCAUCACCCGCAACCGCAGCUUCCCCCAAAACCCCCCCAAACUCACCUGCAGAGUUCCAGACCGCUCUCAAGACCCUCGAUCAAAAUUUCAAGGGUAUGCCAUCAGGCGUCGUCAAAGCCCUCAUCGGCACCGGCUCAGUCAAAGACCGUCUCCCCAUCGUCCGCGUAGCAGGCGGCUACUCAACCGUAUGGGCACUCUAUGUUGCCGGUUCCAUGCCCAUCGCCUCGCCCUCGAGCCAAGACUUUGUCGCAAAAUGCAUGGUGCGCAUCCAAAAAGAAUUCGGCAUCAACCAAGCACAAGUCCUCGGCAAAGCACUCAAGUACAAGCGCUACCUCGCGUCACAGGGCGCCAUCCCGUUUCGUAUCUGUCCGCAGUACCUCCCGCCGGAUUCGGAGCCGUAUGGUAGACCGAAGACGGGUGUGUGA